AUGCUCGAGACACUGCCACUUGAACUGCAACUCCUAACACUCGGCUUUGUCGACAGUCUGGUUGACCUCAUCGGCCUCUAUGUCGCCAUCGACUUCCCUGUUUGCGACGCACCCGUCGCACAUCUUCCUCUACUGCAUCGCGCAAUGAUCGAACGUGCCUUUGUACUGCUCCAGCAUGACCGCAUCACGCAGUAUGCUGAUUUGACGGAAUGUGCUAUUGGCACAGAAGAGUUGCGCAACGAACUCUCCUACACAGUCAUUGAUGGCUGUUUUGACCAAAUCCUCACCAAUCUCGAGACGCGACGCAGCACGUUACGGUCUCCAUUAUACGAGCUGCGAUUCUUCGGAUUCGUUGCAACUGCUUCCGAGGCAGCCAUGGCUGAAUGUCACGCGAUAGACAAACUGAAUAACUCGAAACGGACUUGGCAAGUCAAGCAUUGGCAACACGCUUGCAAACUAUGGACGCGCGACGUCCCAUCUGUGCCUGCGCCUGCUCGACAAGAUACCAGCUGUGUGUCUAUUUUAGCUGGUGUGUCAUCUGAAAAGAGCGAUCAGGGGCCAUUCUGGCAAGCAGAGGUCAAGUCUUUGGAGAAGACUCGCUUCAAGAAACGAUCGUUUAUGAAUCAACUGACAAGAUUACACGCACAGGUCACCUCAUGA